AUGCCGCUUGAGAGGGCCGAGUAUCUGAGUAAUGUGUGGAAGGAGGGCAUCUUCAAUGGCCGAGUGGCAUUCGUCACCGGCGGAGCUGGCUCCAUCUGCAGCGCCCAGACAAGGGCUCUCGUCCAUCUGGGUGCCAAUGCCUGCAUUAUCGGGCGCAACGUCGAGAAGACCGAGGCGGCGGCCAAGGACAUCGCGACGGCGCGGGAAGGCGCCAAGGUCAUCGGAAUUGGCGGUUGCGAUGUGCGGGAUCCCGAAGCAUUGAAGAAAGCCGCUGAAAGAUGCGCAAAUGAACUGGGUGGUAUUGACUUCGUCAUCGCCGGUGCCGCCGGUAACUUUGUUGCCCCCAUCUCUGGGCUGAGCUCCAAUGCGUUCAAGUCCGUCAUGGACAUUGACGUCCUUGGCACUUUCAACACCGUCAAGGCGACAGUGCCAUAUCUCAUCGAAUCCGCAAGGCGGAAUCAGUACCCCACUGCCGACGGCCUAACGGGCGGCAGAAUCAUCUAUGUUUCUGCAAGUUUCCACUACACUGGCAUGCCAUUCCAGGCCCACGUGUCCGCUGCAAAGUCGUCCGUGGACUCAAUAAUGGCAUCUGUGAGCCUCGAAUACGGCCCCUACGGCAUCACGUCCAACGUCAUCUCCCCCGGCGCCAUCGAGAACACCGAGGGCAUGCUGCGGUUGUCGAGCAGCAAAACGACCAAGGCCCAGAUCGCCGCCAGUGUUCCCCUCGGCCGCUGGGGCACCAUACGCGAUAUCGCGGACGCGACCGUCUACCUUUUCAGCGAUGCCGGCAACUAUGUGAACGGUGAAGUGUUGGUAGUAGAUGGUGCAAAUUGGCGCCUCAAGACUGGGAAUGGCGUGGGCAUGGAAGCAGGCAUGAAUUAUCCCGAUAUUCUUUUCACGGGAGAAGUCUCGAAACAUGUGAAAAGCGGGAGGAAGGAGAAGCCCAAGCUAUGA